CAUGCGCAGUUCGCUCCGCCCGCUAUGCAUCCUGAUGAUGCGGGCCCCAGCCGACAGGCCGUCCCGUACCCUCCUACAUACCCUCCCCCUCUGACAUUUGACCCCAACUUUCCCAUGAUGCCCGGCAUGCGUUUCCCACCCACGAUGGCUGGUCCCAUGCCCAUCUCACCAGACGAAGGGUUGGAAAUGGACGAACACGGAAAUGUCAACUGGCGUCUCGCCUGGCUAAAAGAAAUCGGGCAUUUGCAGCAAGUGACCGCGGAACAGGAGAAGGCUGGCGUUGAUCCUGAAUGG